UUUGUGAAGUAUGUUAGGAGUAUGGCGCCAGAAGGUGUGAAAUUAGGCGUGAAAAGCCUAAAUGCGCUGCUUGUGGAACUCCGGGCGAGGAUCAGGGACGUGGCGAGAGCUGUGGUGGGACAACAACUGGCCCAGCGCCGCAAAAGUUCCGAACAUCUUGAGAAAACUCCUGCAGAUAAAAAAAGGCAGAGGACGUUUUUCGGGCUCCUGAGUGGUUACAUCGUGGUGUUGACUGGGCACAGGAAAGGCGUUCUCAACAUGACGCGGAAAGAGGUCAAAGCGGCAGAGAAAUUGAAGAAUGGCGAUUGCAUCAUACGGGUGGAGCAGCACAAGACGUCUCGCUACUUCGGCCAGGCGGCCGUACCGCUGACGAAACAGGAGUACUCCUGGUUCCUCAUAUACAACUGUCUCCGGUCUCGCAUAGAGGGAGGUCUAGAGGCAGAAACCUUUCACACGUCCAGUGGCUCCAAGUGCCUGAAGCUCCCCGAAUACUUCAAAGAGGCGUGGGAGUCGUUGCAGUUGGGAAAGGCUCCGAGCUUCAACCUCCUCCGUUCCUCUGUGGCUACUUAUAAGAAGAGGCAACUGGAAUCAAAGGCAUACAAACGAGUGGCGGCCUUCAUGUGUCAUGAUGAGCACACGGCCAAGAAGUUUUAUCAUGCGGAAGACCCGGCAGCUGAGAUCUUUAACAGCCGAAGCCUAUCCAUCACGGCGAUCUCAGCUUACGCUGUCAAGACAAAAGGAGGCACCCAGGAGAGAAGAGCCACAGAGGAGGUGGAGGACUAGGACAGUGUGGAGGACCGGGACAGUGUGGAGGACGAGGAAGAG